AUGAAGAAAUCCGAGCCUCCGGCAGCCUCCGCGAUUAGUUUAGCGUGGUGGAGAAAAGUUCAAACCCUAAUCAUCGAAUCCUCUUUUUACUCUCUCUGGAUUGCUUCUCUGCUGUCUCGGUUCUUUGUGUUCGGAAGGUUGUUGAUAAUGGCAGAGCCUUCAAAAGUCAUUCAUGUUCGUAAUGUCGGACAUGAAAUUUCGGAGAACGACUUGCUUCAGCUAUUCCAGCCAUUUGGAGUCAUCACGAAGCUUGUAAUGCUUCGAGCCAAGAAUCAGGCCCUCCUCCAAAUGCAAGAUGUUCCUUCCGCUGUUAAUGCAUUGCAGUUCUACACAAAUGUUCAACCCAGCAUUAGGGGAAGAAACAUUUACAUUCAGUUUUCAUCACAUCAAGAACUAACUACCAUGGAUCAGAAUACUCAAGGACGAGGAGAUGAGCCUAAUCGAAUUCUUUUAGUUACAAUACAUCACAUGCUAUAUCCUAUAACUGUGGAAGUGCUGCAUCAAGUUUUUUCUCCUCAUGGGUUUGUGGAGAAGAUUGUCACGUUUCAGAAGUCGGCUGGCUUUCAAGCUUUAAUUCAGUAUCAAUUACAUCAGAGUGCUAUUUCUGCAAGGAACUCUCUUCAGGGACGGAAUAUAUACGAUGGUUGCUGUCAGCUGGACAUUCAAUUCUCAAACCUAGAUGAAUUGCAAGUGAACUACAAUAAUGAACGCUCUAGGGAUUUCACGAACCCCUCUUUGCCUUCAGAACAGAAGGGAAGAUCUUCUCAAACUGGAUAUGGAGACGGAGACAUGUAUGCCCAUGCAGCUGGAUUUCCACAGAUGGGCAAUGCUGCUGCUAUUGCUGCUGCCUUUGGAAAUGGUUUGCCACCUGGGAUAACUGGUACAAAUGACAGGUGCACAGUUCUUGUAUCUAAUCUGAAUUCUGAUAGAAUAGAUGAAGACAAGCUUUUUAAUCUGUUCUCAAUAUAUGGAAAUAUUGUUAGAAUCAAACUUCUCCGAAAUAAACCAGAUCAUGCAUUAGUUCAGAUGGGUGAUGGCUUUCAAGCUGAAUUGGCUGUGCACUUUUUGAAGGGGGCCAUGCUGUUUGGGAAGCACUUGGAGGUCAAUUUUUCAAAGCAUCCAAACAUUACAACUGGGGCCGACACUCACGAUUAUUCAAACUCAAAUCUCAACCGAUUCAAUCGAAAUGCUGCUAAAAAUUAUCGAUAUUGUUGUUCACCAACAAAAAUGAUCCACAUCUCCACCCUUCCUCAGGAUGUGACUGAAGAGGAAAUAGUAACUCAUUUGGACGAGCAUGGCACAAUUGUUAGUACAAAACUAUUUGAGAUGAAUGGAAAGAAGCAAGCUCUUAUCCUUUUUGAAAACGAGGAACAGGCUACAGAAGCCCUUGUGUGCAAGCAUGCCACAUCCCUUGGUGGUGCAACCAUUCGGAUUUCCUUCUCUCAGCUACAAACCAUAUGA